AUGUCGUCCCCGCCACAGCCCUCCCCGCCGCCCCCAGCAACAGGGCCAUUUGCCCUGCGCACCCUCCUCGACAAUGUGCCCCUCAAUGCUGACGGCACCUCGGAAGACGUCAAGAUAACAUGUGUCGACUAUCUAGAUCAUAACCUCUACGUCGGCACCUCUGCUGCCGAACUUCUUCACUUUGUCCAAAUCCCCUUCGAUUCUUCCGACGGCAACGCCCGGCCGACCUUUAUCCUCGCCUCCCGCCUCCGACCCGUCUUCUCCGAAGCACACAGUGCCCCCGUUUCCGCCCGUCCCGGCAUCCAACAAAUCCUCUUACUACCAAAAGUCGGCAAGGCCUGCAUCCUCUGCAACUGGACCGUCACCUUCUACUCCCUCCCCGAGCUUAGUCCUGUAUUCGGCACCACCCAGGUCAGGAAUUGCAACUGGAUCGGCGGUGUUGAUCUCAACACCCUAUCGGUUGUGCGCAUCGGCGAGGAGGCAGGUGCUGUCAAGAACAUCGACUUUUCUGGCACUCAAGAUCCCUCUCAUGGCCAUAUCUUCGCUCGACAACUCGCAACCCCCGGCGAGCUCGGCCAUACCCAGAGCAUUGCCGCCACGAACGAAACCGGGCUGCUUCGGAGCAACUCUUCCGCCCAGCACCGCCGUUCCCACUCUGCCGCCAGCCAGCAGCACCACUCUCAUGCUAGAAGCACGAGCCUUGGCGCCUUCAUCUCUGGGGGUGCCGGUAUGCUCGGCCCGCGCCAGGGUGAGGAGCCCGUCAGCCGACAACCCACCCCACCCUCUAAGCCCACUAGUCCAAGGCCACCGGCGGACACGGUAUCCAAGCCCCUCCCGUCCACGCCUGGGGCCUCCUCCCCCGCGCCCUCUUCACCGGCCCCUGCCAAUGCCGCCGUGGCGCCGAAGCCGGCUCCGCCUUUCCUCAAGCCUCACAUCGUAUCACCUUCGGCCGAAGAAUUCUUGCUCGUGACGGGAACGAGCGCGACGGAUCCCGCCAUCGGCAUGUUUAUCAACCUUGACGGCGAUCCAAAAGGACCAACCCUUGGGUUUGACAGGUACCCAAGAGAGGUUGUCGUCGACGUGGGCUUCACGGACUCGACGGUUCCCAAGUCGCCGAGGCUAUCGAUGAAUGAAGACGAGGUAGAUAAAUAUGUCCUGGCCUCGAUGACCAGGGACUCGGAGGAAGGGAUCCGCCACGGCCUCGAGAUUCAACGGUUCGACACCAACGAUGAUCCGGGAAAGCAUUGGCUCGAGGCGCCGCUACUCGAGGGCCAGGAUAGGCAGUCGUCGUGGCCACUGGGGAUCCGAGCGCUGGCCGGAAGCGAUGAGACCAUCUGCCAGGAACUAAUCGACCGUCUCUGCCAGAGAAGGUUCGAGCCAUUCCCCAACGGCGACUCGGGCACCUCGCCCUUUUCUCCCCGUAGCAUCGAUUCCCGCACCGCCACAUCGCUCGCGCAAAUGUCCAACGAGAGGGAGCUGUUUGAGCGCGACCUUGAGGCCGAGGACGAAGAUCUACCCGAAGGCUGGGAGGCGAACCGUAACCGUGAAGAGGAGGAUUUUGUCAAAAGGCUAGCCAAGGCCCGGGCCGGCAUCGCGGUGUGGACGGGCAACCACAUCUGGUGGGCGGUCCGCAGCCCUCUGCUCCUUCAGCUCGAGGCUAAAGACCGCGACGCCAAGAAUGAGCUCGAGUUCCUGACGCUAAGCUACCUCCGGCAGCAGGCAGGGCUUCUCCUGCUUGUGAAUUUUCUCAAGGCCAAGGGCGCGGAUGCGUUUUCUGAUGCCCAGGCUGAGGAGCUGGCGCACAAGCUCGUGGACAGCUCGCUAGACCCUCGCGUGGUGCUAUCCCUCGUGCCGGGCCUGCGCAACGAGAUUGUGGAAAGCAGGAAGGGUAUCUGGAUCUUUGGCGGCGUCAGAGAGUCGGCGGCCCGGUACUUGCAAAACGAAAAAGUGUGCGGGUCUCCGGUGCCGGUGGGUGCGCUGGACCGGCAGACACUCCACUUCUUGCGCAAGUUCCUCUCGGGCUGGAGACUCAAGAAAGGAUUCGGCAGUAUCGCGGAUGAGAAUGACGUGUUCCGGACGGUCGACGCGUCACUACUCCUGGGUACGGUGCGGGCAGAUCUCAACGAUCUCGUCGACCGCGGGGUGGACUGCUUCGACAGGGCGGUAGACCUGCUAGAGUCGUAUCACCGCCUCUUUGUGCUGAGCCGGCUGUACCAGAGCCGCAAGAUGGCGGGCGAGGUUCUGGACACGUGGCGGCGCAUAGUGGAGGGUGAGACCGAUGCGGGCGGCGAGUUCAGCGAUGGCGAGCAAAGGGUCCGCGAGUACCUGACCAAGAUCAGCAACCAGGGUCUCGUGCGCACGUACGGCGUGUGGCUAGCCAACCGCGAUCCCAAGCUCGGCGCUCAGGCCCCCGACGCCGUCAGGUACUACCUCGAGCACCUCGUCUUUGCUAAAGGCAGCGGCGAGUACGUGGAUGAGCUCAUUACGUAUUACCUCGACGUAGCGGUCGACGCCCUGCAGUCGUCGGCCGAGCGGCGCGAGACGUUUGCGGCAACGUACGAGGCCUACCGGGCGCUGUACCCGCCGCCUAAGCCUCCAUACGCCCAGUUUCUGGCGGACAACUCGGCGGCAGACGACGAGGUGUCGCAGUCACGGCUGAGGCUGCUGCAGUUGCUGAGUGAUGUGCGCGGGUAUGACGCGGCGGCGGCUCGGCGGCGACUCGCGAGCGUGCCGGACGAACUGCUCGUCCCCGAAAUGAUUAUCCUAGACGGGCGCGAGGGCAACCACGAGAACGCGCUGCGGCUACUCGUGCAUAGGCUCGGGGACUACGACGCGGCCAUACGGUACUGUCUCCGAGGCGGGGCCAGCCUCUUUGGCAGGCAGCAGCAAGGGCCGGCGAUGACGGCGGCAUUGGCAACGGCGGCAGCAGCAACGCGAGACACCGCUGGCGGAGGAGAUGCGCAGAAACAGCAACCGCUCGCGCCGGUUGAGCAGCGGCGUCUCUUCAAGGCGCUCCUGGGAGAAUUUUUGCGCAUCGACAACCUGAGCGACAGGUUAGAGCAGACGAGCGGCCUCCUGGAGCGGUUCGGCCCCUGGUUCGACGUGGUGGACGUGAUUGGGAUGAUUCCCGACGACUGGUCGGUGAGGCUGCUGGCCGGGUUCUUGGAGGGGCGCUCAAGAGGCUGGCGAAGGAGCGCAACCUUGCGCGGCUAG